UGGCUCUCCUCCCUCAACUUCUCCGCUCCCCCAACCCCUCUCCCCCCUCCCUCCCCUUCCUCAACGCCAAGUCCCCGUCUCCCCACUCCGGGAUCUCGCCUCGGCCGGGGCCGCCGCGAACCCUCCCCCUCCUCCUCCUCCGCCGCCGACGACCUCGUGGAGCUCCCACUCUUCCCCCUCCCCCUCGUCCUCUUCCCCGGCGCCAUCCUCCCUCUCCAGAUCUUCGAGUUCCGCUACCGGAUCAUGAUGCACACCCUCCUCCACACCGACCUCCGGUUCGGCGUUGUCUUCUCCGAACCCGGCGGCGGCGCGGGCGCCGGGGCCGUCGCCGAGGUCGGCUGCGUCGGCGAGGUCGUCAAGCACGAGCGCCUCGUCGACGACCGGUUCUUCCUCAUCUGCAAGGGCCAGGAGCGGUUCCGCGUCUCACGCGUCGUCCGCACCAAGCCCUACCUCGUCGCCGCCGUCACCUGGCUCGAGGACCGGCCCCCGCCGCCCGAUCCCUCGGCGGCGGCUCCGCAGCGCACCGACGACCUCGAGGCUCUCGCCGCCGAAGUCGAGGGCUACAUGCGCGACGUGAUCCGGAUCUCGAACCGGCUCAACGGGAAGCCGGAGAAGGAGGAGGAGGCGGCGUCGAUGGACCUCCGCCGCAACCUCUUCCCCACGCCCUUCUCCUUCUUCGUCGCCAGCACCUUCGAGGGCGCGCCCCGCGAGCAGCAGGCGCUCCUCGAGCUCGAGGACACGGCCGCAAGGCUCCGGCGGGAGCGUGACACGCUCCGCAACACGCUCAACUACCUCACCGCCGCCUCCGCUGUCAAGGACGCGUUCCCCUCGUCGUCGUCAUCCUCCUCGUGACACCCGAUCCCACAGAGACAAAUCAACAAACAGGUUGUAGGCCUUUUCCCUAUUCCCCUUCUACUUAAAUUUUCCACUCUACUUUGGUACCGUGUAGAGUAUAGUGUAUAUUAUUAUUAUUAUUAUUAUUAUUAUUAUUAUUAUUGUGAAAUUGUAUAAUAAAUCUUUGAGCGAUAUCAAGUAGGGAAAGAUUGGCAUACUAAUCUAUGCUAAUUUUGUCAAUGUCCCAAAUUUUAAUACUUGUUACAUUUUUAGACUUAAAAGAAUUUGCCAAAGAUAUGUGUGGCGCAAUUGAUUGAAGCUCUGGUGAUAGAUGAAUUUACCAGGAAGUGAACCCUAGAGUGACAUAUAGGGUUAGGAACUUAGAAUACUUUUAUUUUGAAAGCAUAUUUGUAUACAAAAUUAGAUAAGAGAAAUUUCCAUCUUAUGCAUAUUGUUUUGUUUGAACGGAUUUUAAGUCGUGAUGAUCCCAGCGGGCGCCUUAGGAUGUUGCUCGUAGACUUCUACAACAUGUAACAUGUUGAGUCUUAUGUGGGUCAUGUAAACACCAAGGCAUAGAGACCUACCACAGAGGAAUUAGCACAAAGAAAAUGACGACCUAAGACAAACUCAGUAUUUUCUCAUAGAUGUUGUGCUUUAACCUGAGCGACGGCAUGAAGUGUAGGCAAGCAACCCUGUGAGUAGGGAGUUCGCAAGCCAAGAUUAGAGAGGGUGUAGAGCAAGAUAUCCAGUCCGUAAUCUUCUUUAAGUUUUUAGUUUGAAUAAUGAAAUAGGCAAGCGACCCUGUGAGUAGGGAAUUCGCAGGCCAAGAUUAGAGAGGGUGUAGAGCAAGAUAUCCAGUCCGUAAUCUUCUUUUAAGUUUUUAGUUUGAAUAAUGAAAUAGGCGAUAAUAUCUAACUAAACUGGUAGUUCCUGUUCAAGAUCACAUUCUUGUGGAGCCUAUUUGGCUAAAAAGACAAUUCUUUUUCGUGUUAGCUUCAAUGUACCUUUUCUCUGUUAUGGGUAGAAGAGUGAUUGACCGGAUAUUGGAUAUGAACCAUCUGAAUUGUUUACAAGGCGGUUAAAGCUUUGUUUGAGAAAAACUUAUCUGAUCCAACUGUACUAUGUUAUCCUUUUAAAAGGACUUGGCAAACACCUGAGAUGAACAACUUGAUUUUUUGAGA